AAUAACUGUGUAUUGUGGAGGCACUUUUGGUUGUACUGUGGUCCCAUUUGGUUUUAUGACACUGAACUAGUUAUUCGCGUGCUUGGAUUAAUAUCUAAUUGACUUUCUGAUUACUAGCGGGGAGAACAUGUUUCUUGAAUUCUCGCUGAUUCCAGGAAAUAUAAUUCCACAAAAGCCUUCCGAAUUCGGUUGGACAAUGUUUUCACUGGUUUACUUAAAUGGAUUUUAACAUUUUGCAUUCCUCAACUGCGCAUGAUGCCAGACCGUUCCUUUAGUCAGGCAAAUAAUUCAGGUGAAGAAAGUCACGUGAUCUCGAGUGCGGGUAGCUUUUGCGAACUAGAUGACCAUGUUUGUCCUUCUGAUAAUAAUCUCAGUCGUCUUUCACCGCCAUCUGCUACUUUCCUAAUUCAUGGAUCAGAGAUUCCUCACCAUGCUCCUGCUCCUCCUAUCAGAUCUUCAAGUACAUUGCGUAAAAAGAACAAACCUGUUUUGCCUCCAUCAAAACCUUUGCCAACUCCACCUGGGAAAGAAGAGAAAAAGAAAAAGAAAGUGAAAAUGUUCCGAUUUCCUAAAUUCGGUCGAUCGGAAAAAACUGAACCACAAAUUUCUGGUCCUACAGAAGUUACGCAUAACCUACAUGUGGCAUUUGAUAAGUCCACAGGCGAAAUCAAGGGUCUUCCUAUUUCAUGGCAGAUGCUUUUAACAGCAUCAAAUAUAUCACGAACAGAACAAGAAAAGAAUCCAGAAAUCCUUCUUGGCGUACUACAAUGUUUUGAUGAAUCGGCUAAACAGAAAGAUAAAUAUAUGACAAAUGUGUCUGUCAUUACAAAUUCCUCUGGCUCCGUUGAAUCGAUGAACUCCAACUCCCGCUCCUGCUCAGUUUCCUCUCAAAGUAUGCCAAUCGCACCAGGUCAUUGCGACAUCAGCUAUUUACAUUCGUGCUCCUAUCAAUCUGCUUCAUUUAAUUCUACGACAUCAUCAUCUGCACCUAUUUCAACGGAGGAAAAUAAUUUAAUUAUGUCAAUGGCUGAAACUAGUUUAACAGGAAUGACAAUAAUUUCCAGUGCUUUACCGGCAACUACACAUUCUUGUGCGGGUAGCAAUAGCAGCGGCCGUGGUAGCAGUUGUACCACUAACAGUGGCAGUGUUGGUGGUCGUGGUGUAAGUGGUGGUGUUCCAAAUGGUUUGAGUGCUGCAAGUUUAGUAGAACUAACUUCUAAUCACACUCACGUGUGUCCUUCAGGGUCUGGAAGGAGAACAAGCACAGGAGGUGCCGUAUUUUUGGGUGGUAUUAGUCCAACCCGUACAUUUGGUGGACGUGCAAGUGGUUCGACAAUUCCUGAAAUGUCUCCAGCACUUGGGAAUCAUAGAAGCAUUAACAAUACAGGAGAUAUCGCUCGUUCUGGGCCAGACUCCAUGAUAUCAGCGAACUCAGGAACCCUUACAAAUGGACAACUUCUCAAUCAUAGCCGUCAUGCUAGAGAUGCCAAUUUAGCUAGUGAUAAUCAUAAUGGUCAUUCAACUGUAUCUGUUCCUGCUCUUCCGAUUACAUAUGAUGUUAGUCUUGGUGAACUUAGCAGCAGUCGUAGCAGUGGUUGUUCAUUAUCUUGCUCUGGUGCUAGCGGAAGUGUCAGUAUUUCUGGUUUAGCAAGUUCAGCUAGUAUGGUUGGACAUUUAUUUGGAGGUAUAAAUAGUAAUGAGAACAGUCCUACAAGUAUUCUUCCGCCUAGUAUGUUACCAUCUCAAUCACCGUUACCACAUAACAACUGUUGUUCAUUUGUCUCCUAUCCACCAUCAUCACCACCGCCUGUUCCACCUCAUGCAACUACUGUCGUAUUAAGAAAUUUGGAUUUUUCUGAAAGUUGUACAAAUAAUUUUGAAAUUAGUAGUGUUAAAGAAGAAGGUACUCUACGGCAUACAUCUUCAUUUCAUAAUACAAUCCCUGAAUCGUCUACAUGUUUACCAUUUCAUGGAGAUAGAUUAGUUCCAGAAUCCUGUAUAAUGGUCGGAGAAUCUUCUUCCGAUGAAGAAGAGGAUGAGGAUAUUGAAGAUGAAGAUCACGAACAAGAAGAGUAUGAAGAAGAUGAGGAGUUAGGUGAAGAUGAAGAAGAGAGCGAGAACGAACAAAGUGAAUUAAGCAAUAAUGAAAUAACUACAUCUCAGGCUACUGUUGAAUGGAUGACAAGCAGUGGAACUUGUAGUAAUCUACCUACUCCAAUGACUAUGUCCAAGGGAUCUGAAAAUGGUGUUACCAGUGAAGCUUUUGAUAAUCGGAAUGGUGUACUCGCUUCAAACAAAACAACAUCAACAAAUAGUGAGAAUAUACCAAAUUUGGUCAGUACUAGUAAAGAUAGUGAGACAUCGAAGAUCAUCCAGUCAUCAACUUCCGAUAGAAAUGUUCCACCAGCUGUUCCAGUCAAACCACAGGGUUUAACACAUGUGUUUCGCACACAACAGCAAACUAAAAUACACCAAUCUCCUCAUUUCUUCCCACAUCAACCGCCUACAAAUAAAAUAGAUUCAAGUAAUACUGCUACGAUUACAACAACUACCACUUCUGCUGCUGCUGCUGCUGAAGAUGUAGCCAAAUCGACUACACCUAGUGCACCUAGGCGUCGUACUGGGAAUCAUCGAUUAACAGAUCAGCAGGUACAUGAUAAAUUAAGAGCUAUUGUAAGCAAAGGUGAUCCAUAUCAAAAAUAUCGUAUGGUAGAUAAAAUUGGUCAAGGGUAAGUUUUUCUAAUAAAAACCUAUUUCCUUUUAAUUUCUUGUCACUUCAAGUUUUCGUUUUCUUAGAGUAGAACAGCUAUUAGUUUUUUGCUUAGUUCCGAAAAUGUAGGUUCCCCUAGGUCUAAUUAUCGUAACUUGAAGGCUGUUUUAAUAAUAAUGAGAAUAGGACACUAGAUUCAAAUUACUAAACAACAACUAUUGGAUGAGCCAUGAGCUGCCUUUAUUAUGUCUGAGUUAUUGAUACUUCCACAUCACUCGAAUCCUUUUGAGUCGAGUGCUUGAUCCAUUUGAUAAUCAGAUAGUUAUAUCGUUGUAAUAUCAAUCUACUUAAAUUCUACUAUACUCUCACUUAUGGAUAAAUAAUUGUAAUUGUAGAUUCUGAUGAAUAAAUAUGGGCAGUUUUCUCGAUCCUACCACAUUUGCUGCUAUCAAUGAGAACUUUAAAAAAAUAAGUUUUGUGGUUAUUUAAAAUAAGUGGAUUAUGGCUAGGAGUGGAAUGCAAAGACAAUUGUGUCCUACUUGGGACUCGUUUACUACCAACCACAAUCCAUCUAUUCUAAAUAACUUGUGUCAUGAUAUCCCGAAGGAAUCCACAUAAAUGUAUAUGUACCAACAAAACUGAUCAAAGUUCCGUCGCGAAUAUUAACAACGAGAUAACUCAAUCCUUUACUAAUAAUGAUAUCAGUUGUGAGAUUAUUUGUACUUUUAGAGUAGUAUAUCCCCAAAAUAAAAAGUCCAUUGGUUUCUCUAAAAAUGAAUUGCAUCGUUUUGCACUACCUUAGAGAGUAGUUGAAAUCCGAAUUUCAUACCAUACUCUAUUUCAGGACUUAUCGAAGUGAAUAGAUCAGUUACCCAGUGUAUUCAGUUAGCUACGCGAUGUACCAUUUUGAUUUAUUUAUUCCGAAAUUCAUUUGGGGCUUUUUGUACUAUAGUUAAUACGCAUCUUAACCUGAGGUUGGGGGAAAAUAACUGUAAUUGGAAGUACCUUUACCAUAUAAUCAUUUUAAUCCUGCCUUUAUUUACUACAGUCCACAUCAUCUCUUAUGCUUGUGAGGAUUGCUAGUUUAAAGUUUUCAAAUUCUAAAUGACCUGUCUCUCCGAUAUCAUAGUUGAUUUGUACAUAACUAUCUAGUUAAAUGAUCACUUCAGCUAAUAACAAAUCAUUUCAAAUAAAUGGGUUUACUAUUGUUAAUCAUUAAGUAAAAAUCCUGAGUUCCCUUGUUAUUGAAUUUCGUAGUUCUAAGGUAUACAGACGGUCUUUCUUGUAUAUCUAUAUCUAGACCAUAUUAUGUGGCUUGCUUAAAAUCGAAGUAGUUAGUGAGGCCAGGUCUUGGUUGAAUAUUUUUUAAUUAUCAAAUCACCUCACCACAGGACUAUAGUUGAUGGUUGAUGAAUUUUGCCAAUCACACACCAUAUAUUAUGGUUCGGAAUUCCCUAUAAUGACUCACUUUCACUUCUUGCCGUCCCAUAAAAUCUGGGGAUUUGUCCUGAAAUAAUUUUAACUCGCUGUGCUAAUAUGUUAUAACAACUUAAAUCAAUGUACAUGUGUAUCAGGCUCUACGUUGCGUAUGAUGGACUGACAUAAAAUAAUUAUUAUAUUCUUACUUGACGUAAUUUGUUUGUCAAUGAAUUUACAAUUUCACUUUACAUGGUGGAUAUAUCAUAAAGCAUAGAUUACUAUCUCAUUCCUAUUGUUUUUUUUCUUGAAAAAAACAUCGUCUCAUUGUUGUUUUUUCAGGGCAUCUGGUGUGGUAUAUAGUGGAUAUGAGAUUGCCACUGGCAGUUUAGUGGCUAUUAAACAAAUGAAUUUAGCUCAACAGCCUAAAAAAGAAUUAAUCAUUAAUGAAAUUUUGGUUAUGAAGGCCAAUCGUCAAGCAAAUAUUGUAAAUUAUCUAGACAGUUAUUUAGUGUCCACUUCAGUCUCUACCAAUAUGGAUCAUCAUCAGCAUUACAUGAAUGGUUCAAAUCACAAGUACCAACAAUCAACUCACAAGGAUGAUAGCCUCAAUUCAUCAACAAUUAGUUCAGGCAAUUCAUCUAAAGGUGAAGAACUAUGGGUUGUCAUGGAGUAUUUAGAUGGUGGCUCACUGACCGAUGUUGUCACUGAGACGUGUAUGGAAGAAGGACAUAUUGCUUCAAUUUGUCGAGAGGUAAGCUUGUGAAAAGAAAAUAUCUGCUUGUUAAAACUGAUUUCGUUGUUACCACUAUUAUUACUACAACACCGUUGGUGAACUACUUAAUAAUUCAAACGGUUGUAGAUGUAAAUCUUUUACAGUUAAAUCACUUAAAUAUUUCAAGAAUAGCUUAGUGUUUUUGACUUGUCCAAUUACACGUCUGACUAGCACUAUUAACCUUGAUUCAACAGCUAAGUCCCUAUUAGUCUGCUAGCUCCUUUCUAUGCCCAUCCUUUGAAUUCAAAAUUCACAACCAGCUUCUACUACAAUUAUAUUUCAGACGGACAUGGGUUAUAUUCAGACAAACCGGACCACACCACAUUAUAAAAUAAAAAAUAACAGUUUUACAUAAACAAGUCAAAAAGUCUGUGAUUAGCGUAGACUGUAAAUAAUAAACCGGCAACAAUAUAGGGAUAGGAAGUCGUAUUACAGUAGUUUACGGGUUAACCGAAAGCUUUUAAUAAACGGAACACACGUACAUAGUAAUCUAGUUACUCCAUAAAUUAUACAACGAAGCUAUAGUACAUAACAAUUCCAAAAGCCAGUCCCAACAUUUACAAUAUCUGUUCCGUUAUAGCAUUAUACAUAUAAACAACUCUGAUCGGUAGGUGUGAAUUUUUCUGAGGGCUAAAAUAAACUAGUUGUUCAAUUCAGAUGUGUGCAGAAUUCUAGAGUGAUAUUUUAAUAGGAAGCUAUUUUGUACUGUUGAAACAGUUUCAUAAAGUUAUUUCAAGAUUUUCAAAACUGAGUUCAGGAAACUUGUGGUUGAUAAAUUAUUCACAUUAUCAGCUGAUUAUGAUAGAACAUAGUGCAAAACCCAAAAAAUGGAUGCAUUGUGGAAUUCGUUACACUUUUCAUUGACAGAUGUGUACAGAAUUUCGGAAUGAACAAGAAGAAAAAUAAACCAGAUAGGCAACAAUUUAUGUACAUAAAAUGUGCGUAGAUUUUUUCCCAGGGUUAGAUGUAUAUAUUUUCCAAUUUAAUCGAUAUACUUAUCACUGCAUUUAUUUAUGUCCUCAUAUGAGUGUUUUUAUAUACCCUUUCCGAUAGGCUGUCUUGUCGUUUUUGUCUGUCUAUUCCUUAUUUUGUUCCAAAUAUUAGCAAAUGUCUCUUCGCUCUCUCUCCCCUCACUUUUUUAACUUCAGUUUUAAGUUUUUGUUAUCGUAUCUAUUGCUUAUCUAUCCAAUCCAUGUUUUAGUCUUACUACUCUCUUCUGGCUAAGUGUGUGUGUAUGUACAUAUUGCCUUAAGGCCAUUAUGCAUUCGUUACUCCAGCUUGCAAUGUGUCAGUAAAUAUACCCGAUAAAAUAUGUCCUUAAUUUUUGAUGACCUUUUAGUUUUUCUUCUACAAAACCCAUUCAUUAUGAGCAGAGUAACAAACUCGGGUCCCUGCUAUUACUAUCUGUAGCUUACUAAAACAGUUCCAAUAAACUUUUCGAUGAUGGACUUCAAUAUUUAUGAGAAUUACUGAGUAUAAUAAAAAAAGACAGUAGGUGUAUAUGGAUAACUCAGUCUAUCACCAACAGUUAUUGAUUUAGUUUUCUGUCAGAUAAUGAGCUCCAACUAUGAUUGACAGCGUUUUAUUCUCAAAUUUAACAGAUUGAUCCAUUACCUAUCUAUUGAUAUGUUCAAGAAUUGUUUUGUUUCCUUGCCUGUUAAAUAUAUUUAAAAAUCUUUAUCUUAUAUUUGACAAAGUAGCAAUCAUAUUCUUUGGUAUUUUAACCAAUGUUUAAAUAAAUCAAUUAGUUCAUUUUAUCCAUCGUUCUUUCCUUCAAAUAUAUUCAACGUUGUAUCAUCUAUAAUUGUCUUAAAAAACAAAUGGAAAUUCUAUACGGAUAUAAGGUAACAUAUUUACUUGCAGUUGCCUAGAGGGAGUUAUCUGAAUAUAUACCUUUCCUACGAUUUUGACAACGGAAAGAACAAUUAGAGAAAAAAUCAGUUGGUAUCACAUCCGAGUUUUUGAAUUUUUUUCUUUAUCCUUAUCAAUAAAUAUAUGUAUCUACAUUGUUUCUAUAGUUAUGUUGAUGCAAGUAAUUUGUUUUACUACUGACUUGUGUACUAGUCAGUGUUAUACUUAUUUUAUUCAGUAUGGGACUUUGGAGAUUGCUGAAUUUAAUUAAAAUCAUGAACUAAUCUAAGUUAGAUCACCACUGAAAACCCGGAAGCACUGGACGGCCGUUUCAUCAUAGUAUGGGAAAUGGAAGAUGGCCGUGAGUCUGUUGUAAUUAGUCAUUAACACCGUGAUCUAGAGGUUAAGCGCGAGAAUCCAAAGGUCCUGGGUUUGACUCUCGCGUGCAGGCUCAUGGACGCGUAUACCGGGACGAAACGGUCAUCCAUUGCUUUUAGGUUUUUAAUGGUUGUCUUACCUAGGCCGGCUCAUGUUUUACAAAAGUUAGGUAAAAUAUCUACAUUUCUACAUUUCCAAACGAUCUCGUGGAAUGAUGAAAUUCAGCUACUUAAACCACAAGAGCACUAUCGUGUUUAAACUGGUGUUAGGUCAUGAUCAGAAGUCGCAUUGCGUAUAUUUUGAUCUGAGCGACUGACCGAAUUACAUAUGUCAAACCCUCACGUGUUGAUCAUAUAUUGAUUAAGUAAACCGCAGCAUUUUAUGUUUACAUACAUCCUGGUUUUGUUGACUCCUACAUUGUAAGGCAGUAGUAACAUUAUUAACAGACGGCAUAUAUUCCUAUCACAUAUAGUCUUGAUGAUUAUAAUGACAUUUAUUAAAGUACCAUGUACGUAUGCAUGUAUCUAUCGUAUUGUUAGUGAAUAUUUUCAAUUUACUUUUUUAUAAUAGGAUUAAGAAAUGAAAUUUAAUUACUGUUAAGGAUAGCUACGAAUAUGAAAACACUGAAUAAUAGUUGGCCGUAGUUUGAUGUCUUAAAAUGAUUUCAAUGUAUUUACCAAUGCGUAUCCUAUCCCAUAUGUGUGUGUUCGCAUAUGCUUAAACUUCGUAUUUUGUACCAAUCACUCUUUCUAAUAUAAGUUGUUGAAAUUCAGUGCACUGGAUUUUCGUUAUUAUUUUAUCCUAGAUAAAAAAUGUUUUCUUUACUCUGUUAUUUUUUUGUUCGAGUAAUUUGAUAAAUACAAAUGGUAAUUAUUAUCAAUGCGAGUUUACGAAUGUUCACUAAAUAUGCGAAGUGGGGAGGUUAUUAAAUCAUGAUCACCUAAACGACGUCGGAUAUUUAAAAUUAUUUAUUGUUUUCUUUAUAGAUCAAAUUAGUCAACACAAAUUAUUUUUUUACACUACAUCACUUGUCAUGAGAGUAACUAAAUAAUUCCAAUCGUCAACCCAAUGUGAAGUGUUACCGUAUAAUGUACAUUUUGACUUUUGUUUAUUAUAUUAUCCUUAAUAGAUACUUCAUGCCCUUGAAUUUC